AUGCCUUUGCCAAGAUCGCGGAAAGAUACUGAUCUCGGAAAAGCCAUCAUUAGGGAUAGGUUUAAAGGAACUUCCAGACCCAAAGAUGGCGAUACAGUUUUGCAUACAACAGAUUUAGACGAUGGAGCUAAAUGGACAAAAUUACAAUCAAUAACUCAACAAAGUGACUUAAAUGAAUUUUUAAAUACAGCUCAGUUAGCGGGAACCCAGUUUACUGCAGAUAAAGAAAAAGAAACAUUGGCAAGACAUGAAGCUAAUAAAGAAAGAUUAGUAAUACCCAGGAGACCAAAAUGGGAUAAAACCACUACGCCUGAGCAGCUUGAACGAAAUGAGAGAGAUGCAUUCUUGCAAUGGAGGCGUGAUCUUGCAUUUCUUCAAGAGCAGGAUGACUUUCUCCUUACUCCAUUUGAACGUAAUCUCGAAGUCUGGCGUCAAUUAUGGCGUGUGAUUGAACGUUCUGAUUUGCUCGUACAAAUCGUUGACGCUAGAAAUCCUUUGUUUUUUCGCUCCGAGGAUUUGGAAAAAUAUGUAAAGGAAAUAAACGAAAAGAAGAAAUGCAUGUUGUUAAUUAAUAAAGCGGACUUACUGACAGCUCGUCAACGACACAUGUGGGCAGAUUAUCUUGAUUCUAAAGGGAUUCAUUAUAUUUUUUUUUCUGCUGCUCUGGCACAUGAAAAGCUUGAAACAAAGCAAAAUAUGCAGACUGACAAUGAAACUAUUUCUGUUAGUGAAGAAGAAAAGGAAAAUUUCGAAGACAAUCCGUUACAAGAGAAGCAUACAAACCUUGAAAAUGACAUAUCAGUUGAUAACUUAAAUGAUAAUAAUGAUGAAAUGCUGAAACGUUCAAAUACUAAUGAACAAGAAGUUUUGGAAAAUCAUAAUAUCGAUGACCCAUCUGAUCAUCGAGAAUGUAUUAGGACGACCGAAGAAUUAAUUUCUAUGUUGGUCUCUGAAGCGAAAGGAACAGAAGUCGAUCAAGACCAAAAAAUAAUGAUAGGAUUGGUUGGUUAUCCUAACGUGGGUAAAUCACUUACAAUAAAUGCACUUCUUGGAGAAAAACGGGUUUCAGUUUCAUCAACACCAGGAAAGACCAAACAUUUUCAAACUAUACAUCUUUCAUCUUCACUAGUACUAUGUGAUUGCCCUGGAUUGGUUUUUCCAAAUUUUGCGACAACAAAUGGUGAUAUGGUUUGCAAUGGCGUUCUGCCUAUUGACCAGUUACGGGAGCAUACUGGACCUAUUGCUUUAAUUGCACAAAGAAUACCAAAAGCUGUACUUGAAGCCAUAUAUGGCAUUAAAAUUAAAGUUAAACCAAUUGAAGAAGGUGGUACAGGAAUCCCUUCAGCAGAAGAACUAGCAGUUACUUAUGCAGUUUCUCGCGGGUAUACUAAGUCAGGACAUGGAAGUCCUGAUGAAUCGCGAGCAGCAAGAUAUAUAUUAAAAGAUUAUGUGAAUGGAAAACUUCCAUAUUGCCAUCCACCACCAACGGGGAUAUCAAAAGAGGAAUUCAACGCAGAGAUACAUGAUCUAAAACUUUAUACUAAACCGGCAAAAAAGAAGACAACUACUCAACUUUUAACCUCGACAGUACAUGCAGAAGUAGCACCGGAUGGUGUAACACCUAUAAUAGGAGACAUAUCACGAGAACUUGACAAAUCAUUUUUUAAUAAUCAACCUUUAGGAGUGAAGACAACGGGGAAAUAUGCCAGAGGGGAAUUUAAUAGAGUUAAAUUAUAUUCAAUUCAUGGUGCAUUAAGUGAUGAUGCUACACCAACUAACGGAUCUCGAUUGACACCAAAUAUGGGGCCAGGUAAAAAGCGACAUUGGAAAGGAAGAAAAAAUCGAAAGUAA